AUGACAAGCCACUCAACGACAACGACCACCACCACAACAUCAACCUCAAAACCCCCAGUAACACUCCCACCCUCAACACACCUCGACUCAGGCGCCUACGUGCGCGGCACGCACGCGAUAACGCUGGGCGAGCACAACCUGGUUCACGCGCGCGCACAGCUCGUCGCGAUCCACGGCCCGCUGAUAAUCUCGGACCGCUGCAUCAUCUCGGAGAAAUGUAUUGUCGGCGGUCCCGUGCCAGCGACUGCCAUGGGCCCGGCGACAUCAUCCUCGACAAAUCCCACAGACGCCAAACCCGGAACGUCCAGCGGUGACGACAAUGGCCAAGAAGACAAUGACGAAUCCGAUCCCGUCAAGACCCUCAUCGGGAAAUCUGUCUACAUGUCGGCAGGCAGCCACGUGAACGCGGGCGCGACCGUGUGCGACGCCGUGAUCCUCGAGCCCAACGUCACGGUGCAGCGGGGUGUGACGGUCGGUGCGCAUUCGAAGAUCUGUGCGGGCGUGACGGUCGAGUCGGAUGUGGAGGAUUGGUCGGUUGUUUUGGGCAAUGGUGAUGUUCGUCGGCAGCGGCGAAGGCAGCGGCAAACGGGCAUUGGUGGUGGUGGUGGAGAGGGUGGCAACGAUGGGAAUGGCGACGAGGAUGCAGUGGAGUUGAUUGAGACCAUGCGCUUGCGAGCUAUGGAUAAGGAGCGCGAAGGUACCGUCAUGAUCUACCGGACGAAUGCGCGGAUGGCGAGUUUGGCGAAGAAGAAAUGA